AUGACACAAGACAAAGAAGUCAAAGUGGUUGCCCCAGAUGUUGCGCCCGACCAAGAAGUAGAAAUUAAUAAAUCUGUAAAAGAUGCAAAACAUCAAACCAAUGAUGAUUCGUUACUUCAACAUAAAAAGAAGGGCAAGAAAGGUAAAAAAUCGAAGCCCAUAGUGACCCCAGAACAUAUCGCUAAGGUUCGUGCCGAAAGGGAAGUUAUGAGAAAGGCUAAAAGAGAUGCAAUGUUGGCUCAAGGUGUUGAUCCGGACUGCCCGCCAGAGCUGCAUUUUAUCAGAAGACCUUUCCUAUCUCUACAUGAGGCAGAGCCAGUAACUGGAUUUAGAUUCAAGCUAAUGACUUAUAAUUGCUUGGCGCAAGCUCUAAUCCGCAGAAAGCUGUUCCCGGAUAGUGGUGACGCUUUAAAAUGGUACAGGCGUUCUAAAGUUCUCUUAAACGAGUUUAAAUAUUAUAAUUCCGAUGUCAUUUGUUUGCAAGAGAUUGAUCAUAUUCAGUUUCAAAGCUUUUGGAAAGAUGAAUUCAGUAAAUUGGGAUACGAUGGACAAUAUUAUAGAAAUGCUACAAAAAACCAUGGUGUCGCGAUAAUGUGGAGGAGAGAAUUAUUUCACCAGGUUGACAAAAUGCUAAUCGACUAUGAUAAAGAAAGUUCAGAAAGCAUUUCCACUAGAACAACGACAAACAACGUGGGAUUAGUCUUAGCCUUGAAGUUUUCUGAGAAAGUACUGUCGAAUUUGGGUAAAAAAUCGUCUAAAAAAUGCGGUAUCUUGAUCGGCACUACGCAUCUAUUUUGGCAUCCAUUUGGUACUUAUGAACGAACAAGACAAUGCUAUAUUGUUUUAAAAAAGAUGAAGGAAUUCAUGCAUCGUGUGAAUGUUUUACAGAACGAAAAUGAUGGGGAUUUAUCUCAUUGGUUUCCUUUUUUCUGUGGUGAUUUUAAUUCCCAGCCGUUCGACACACCAUAUUUAUCUAUGACAUCCAAACCAGUGCACUAUAGAAACAGGGCAAAGACCGUCAUUGGGUGCAGCACUUCAUAUAAGUUUUCCAAGGUCCGUGAUGGCGAAGAAGGUGCAGAUGACGAAGAAGGCGGGAAUAUUGAAAAAUAUGGUAAAGAUCAACCUGAGAGCCCCGUUCCUGAAAAAUUUCAUGCUAAUGAAGAACAGUCUGAACUCGUAGAUAAAAUGGCACAACUCCAUAACUCAUUGGAUAUGAGGGCUAUUUCACUAUACUCUGUUGGGUAUAAGAAUGUUCAUCCAGAAAAUGCAGGUCUUGAUAAUGAUAGAGGUGAGCCUGAAAUUUCAAAUUGGGCAAACACUUGGCGUGGUUUAUUAGACUAUCUAUUUUAUGUAAAGAAAUGGGACCCACAAAGUAAUUGUCAGGAAGUGGAAACCCUUGGCGAUUUUGAAAAAGAAAAUAAAGUUAAAUGCAGAGGUUUUUUGAGAAUGCCGCCCGGUAAUGAAAUGACAAAGCAUGGACAACCACAUGUUGGAGAAUAUGCAAGUGAUCAUUUGUCUAUGGUGUGUGAUUUAGAGUUACAACUAUAG